CCUGACUUCCUCCUCUGCUCUGCGAGCGUGGGCGGCACUGCGCAGAACCGUCUCCACAAUCCCUCUCUUCUCCCUCCCACGCACCCCUGCCCAUGACUCUUACGGAUCGUAGGAGGAGGAGGGAGAGAAGAAGCCGUGAUCUGUUCCUGUUUUGAGGCUGCAGCGACCGAUAUCUGCGUGUUUUCCGCUCCAUGCCUCCGGACUGUUUCUCAAUGCCCUUGCCGCAGUUCAGAUGGGGGGAGACUUAAGCACAGCAGCGGGCGUCUGGCACGUUAACGUGCGCGGAAGGUCUCUCUGGCGGGCCAUCCCGAACACGGGAUGCUGAACGGGAGCCGAGAGGGUUUGUUUGAACUGGGCAGGCAGCUCCAGCAGGAAGGAGACUCACAAGCUGCUCUGCACUGCUUUUUGAGCUGCCUGCUGGGACUCACACAUGUGCAGAGCUUCCACUUGCUUCCCAACUGCCUGCAUCAGAUCGCUGAACUCUACAUUGAUGACAAGAACUAUGGGAAAGCUCUACAGUUUAUUCAGGCGGAGAAGAUGUUCUACGAAGUGGCAUUGAUCGAGCUCACCUCUCUGCAGGCCAGCACAGGCAAGUCCACUUGUUAUGGUUUUACUUAAAUGCUUCUUUUAUGGUGCUAUUGAGUGGACAUGUGACUGUUUGAUCAGAAUAUAUCAUAAUAUGUAGAGAUUCUCAUCAUAGCUGUGUACAAUAAUGUACUUGGCAACAUCACACAAACAAGACAUUCAGAACAGCAGCAUGAUUUGGAGAGUGUGU